AUGCCCCAGGACACCCAGGCAGGUGGACAGAGCUUCAGCCAGAGCUUGAAGCUGCUGGUGAAUGAGCAGUUUCAUGACAGGGAGAAGCCCUACAAGUGCUUGGAGUGUGGGAAGAGCUUCAGCCGGAGCUCCAACCUGAUCCGCCACCAGAUGAUCCACACUGGGGAAUGGCCCUACAAGUGUGGGGAAUGUGGGAAGGGCUUCAGCUGCAGCUCUGAGCUGAUCCGCCACCAGAUGAUUCACACUGGGGAACGACCCUACAAGUGUCCUGAGUGUCAGAAGAGGUUUCGGAUCAGCUCCCAUCUCAUCCUGCACCAGCGGAUUCACACAGAUGAGAGGCCCUUCCGCUGCCCCGACUGCAGGAAAGGCUUCAAGCAAAACUCCCACCUCAUCAGCCACCGGCGCAUCCACACCGGGGAGAAGCCCUACGAGUGUCCCCAGUGUGGGAAGAGCUUCUCCAGGAACUCUCACUUGACUGAACACCAACGGACACACCGGAAGAAAAGCUCCACCAUCUCUGAAACCACCCUUCAGCCCCUCCCAGGCUACUCCUGUUCUCUCCUCAGUCUCCACGCCACUGAGCCCAGAGCCCGCAGCCUCUACCUGCUGCGCCGACCCCCCGGGGAUGCACUGGGUGCAUCUCCUUCCCCUUCCCUCUGGCAUGGAGGCAAAUCCCAUCCUGUCCUUGUUCUUCCUCCCCCAGACAAGGAGCUGAAGAUGGAGACCAGGGAGGACAAAUCCCCGCAGCAGAGCCUCAUGGAAGAGGCCGUUUUGAGUGGUUCCACAGUGCUGGAAUCCAAUGGGGAGGAAAAGCCCCAGAGAUCCCGCAGGAAGAGGGGCUCCAAAUCCAGCCCAGAGUGCUCUGAAGAGAAAAGACCCAGUCUGUGCCAGGAAGGUGGACAGAGCUUCAGCCGGAGCUCGGAGCUGGUGGUAAAUGAGCAGUUUCAUGACAGGGAGAAGCCCUACAAGUGCUUGGAGUGUGGGAAGAGCUUCAGCCGGAGCUCCAACCUGAUCCGCCACCAGAUGAUCCACACUGGGGAAUGGCCCUACAAGUGUGGGGAAUGUGGGAAGGGCUUCAGCUGCAGCUCUGAGCUGAUCCGCCACCAGAUGAUUCACACUGGGGAACGACCCUACAAGUGUCCUGAGUGUCAGAAGAGGUUUCGGAUCAGCUCCCAUCUCAUCCUGCACCAGCGGAUUCACACAGAUGAGAGGCCCUUCCGCUGCCCCGACUGCAGGAAGGGCUUCAAGCAAAACUCCCACCUCAUCAGCCACCGCCGCAUCCACACCGGGGAGAAGCCCUACGUGUGUUCCCAGUGUGGGAAGAGCUUCUCCAGGAACUCUCACUUGACUGAACACCAACGGACACACCAGUAA